CUCCAUUGUAGAAUUGUCGAUAAUUUUAAGGUGAUCUGAAAAUUUUAGGUUUUAUGUAGCCUUUUUUCUUCUUGCUUUGCUUAAGUAAAGAAGAUAAAAUAAAAUGGAGUCUAUAGAAGGUGCUAAAUCAAAGAUGUACUCUGGGAAAUCAGAAAUUGGGAUUGUUUUCUAAUUAUUGAGGCUAAUUUCUAUUCUCUGGAAAUUCGGAAUGCUUCUUGUUGUGUAUUGUUGAAGUAGUCAUAUUUAGAUUUUGAUAUCUAGGUUCUUGGGAUAAGCUAAACACUGCUAAUGAGUUGAAAGUUUUCUCAGCCUUGAAUUAAGGAGACUGGUUAAUACUUUUUGUGUCUAAGGAUGGCCCAAUAUUGUAUGAAAGAAAAAGAGAACUAGUUUUUAUGAAUAUCCACCGCUAGCUAUUAGUUUUAUAUAAACUUCUUGCAGUGGAGUUGAAAGGGGUUUCAAGAGUAAAUCUUAUCCAAGGCUUGUGAAGAUGGUAUUAUCUGCUACAUUAACCCAAGAUCCAAGCAAACUUGCUCAGCUUGAUUUGCAUCACCCUUUACUAUUGACAACUGGGAAGAGGCGUUACCAACUCCCUGAAAAAUUGGAAUCUUAUAAGCUGAUAUGUGAAUCAAACCUCAGGCCCCUUUAUCUUGUUGCACUUCUACAAGAUCUAGAGGAAGAGAAGUGCAUUGUCUUAUCAUCAUCCACAGAGUCUACCCAUUGCCUCUGUACCUUGCUAAAUCUUUUUGGUGAUUUGAAAAUAAAGAACAAGGAGUAUUCAGGUCUCCAACGACAAUCUAUAGAAGUGAGUGGUGGAAAAAUAUUCAUUGAUCUUAUUUUAUUUAUUUCUGCUGUUGAUGGUAGCAAGACACACUUAAAUCAAGUGGCAAGAAUCGGGUAACAAAAAUUUGACCUUUACAUGAAUCAAGUUGUAUGACAGAUCACUUCUUUUGGACUAAAUAGUUUUGGAUGGGUUUGCAAGAAAAGCUGAUCCUUUUAAAUCCCUUUCCUUCCACAAAGACUAGUCAAACUAGAGAAUCCCUUUUCCUUCAUUUUCUAUUUAGUGUAUACCUCCCAGUACCCUCCUGACAAUGGAUAAGAAUUGCAUGGAUGAAUAUAUCAGUCAUAUGGAACCUGGAACAUAAUGAAAGUUUGAUGGUCAUUUUAUCUAUGAGAAAUGGAAUCAGCUCUAUUCAUAGUGUAACCUUCUGUGUUCUAGGUGACAACUUUAAAUGACACCAGACACAAAUACAAGAUUUAUGAGGUUAUUUCAGAUAAUCUAAAAUUUUUUUGGCAUAAUGAAAUCCAUUGUUCUGCUGUAGCAAAACAUUGAAAGCAUUCCGAGAUGGGAAGGUACAAGUACUUGUUUCCUCCGAUGCCAUGACUCGUGGAAUGGACGUUGAGGGGGUGAGAAAUGUCAUUAAUUAUGAUAUGCCUGCAUAUAUAAAGACCUACAUUCACUGAGCUGGUCGUACUGCAAGAGCAGGACAAGCUGGGCGUUGCUUCACAUUACUACGCAGACAUGAGGUGUGCAACCAUUGUUAUUGCUUCCAGUCCAGGAGUAUGAUAUGUGAAAAUUUGACCUGCUUAGCAGUUGUGCAACUUAUCAUGCUUUCAAUUUUUUCAGGUAAAGUGUUUCAAGAAGCUAUUACAAAAAGCUGAUAAUGAUUCUGUUUCACUGUAUUUCUGUUCCAUCCAGUUCAAUUGAAUCCCUUCGAGAUAGCUAUAACUCUGUUAAAUUCCAGGCUUGUUAUCUUCCUAUCAAUGGUAAAGCUAACAACUAAAUUGGUCAAGUGGCAGCUUUGGAUUCUAGAUGCACUUGGUUUGACUUAGAAGAUCCAUGCAUUCCUUAUAUCAUUUCUAGUCUCUUUCUUAGAUGAUUUUGAUAUACUGCUCU